AUGUCAUUUAUAGAACCCUCGAACGACUCGAGCGAUAGUGGUAAUUACGAGGAAUGGAUUCCUACAUUCUGUUCAAGAUUCGGACACGAAUAUUUCUGUCAAGUACCUACUGAUUUUAUCGAAGAUGAUUUCAAUUUAACAGGUCUUUCUCAAGAAGUAGCAUAUUAUAGGAAAGCAUUGGAUACAAUACUAGAUUUGGAAUCUACGUCGGAUGAAGAAGAGGAGAAAAACGAUGCCAGUUCGAAUUCUAAAAAAGAUAAUGAUGCACAUGUUACUAGAUCAAUUGUAGAACAUUCAGCAGAACAACUAUACGGACUAAUACAUGCUAGAUUUAUCCUAACAAAGGCCGGCUUGCAGGCAAUGGCCGAGAAGUUCGAUCGUAAGGAAUUCGGAACUUGCCCACGGUAUCAUUGUGGAAGCAUCCAAUUGCUUCCAUGCGGAUUAAGUGAUACGUUGGGGAAGCAAACGGUAAGGCUUUACUGUCCAAGUUGCCAGGAUUUGUACAUCCCACAAUCGAGCCGUCAUCUGUCACUGGAAGGUGCAUAUUGGGGCACCAGUUUCCCUGGUGUUUUCCUCAAACACUUCAAAGAACUAGAAGACUAUGUGGAGAAAAAGAAUAAAGAAACUUACGAAUUAAAGAUCUUUGGGUUUUCAAUUGCAAAGGAGGCCAUUUGUGGACCAAGAAUGCAAUGGCUUAGACAAUAUCCAAAGACAGAUGAAGAAUGGGAGGAGUUCAAAAAAUGUGAAUUUGAGAUCCCAAAAGAGUUACUAGAAGAUAAUCCAGGCUCACAGAGUAGUGAUGAUAACAAUAUGAGUAGUACUGUUACAAAUUGA